AUGGUCUGCUCUAGGAGAACCAAAACUUUGGUGUCGACAUGCGUUAUUUUGAGUGGCAUGACCAAUAUUGUCUGUCUUCUCUACGUCGGCUGGAUCACUAAUUAUGUGGCCAAUGUGAACACCAAAGUCCCAGAGCCCGAACUGGAGAGGAAGUUUGAAGAUGACAACAAGGGAGAAACUCUGAAGAUUAUAGAGCGACUGGACCGACUGGAAAAUGUGGUCAACCAACAUAUCCAAGAGGUGCCCCAAAAGGAUAAGGACAGUGAAGAAAAAGCAGGGGAGUCCCUCUCAGACUCCUCCCUGUUCGUCCGUUGGGGUCAUGACCUUGGUCCUGAGAGUCGCCGGGUGGCGCUGAAGAAGUUCCAGUACUACGGCUACAAUGGCUACCUCAGUGACCGCCUCUCUCUGACCAGACCCAUCCCAGACCUCAGGCCUGAUGGGUGCAGAAACAUGUCGUACCCCUCCAAUCUCCCCCAAGUCAGUAUCAUCUUUAUCUUUGUGAACGAGGCCCUGUCGGUCAUCUUGCGCUCCAUCCAUACAGCCAUGAACAGAACUCCCUCGCACCUCCUCAAGGAGAUCAUCCUGGUUGAUGACAACAGCAACAAUGCUGAGCUGAAGGAGAACCUUCAACACUUUGUGAAGGAGACCAACUCCCAGCGGCCAGACUUCAUCAAACUGGUCCGUCACGACAAGCAGGAGGGACUGAUCCGCUCCCGGGUCAGUGGGUGGAGGGCCGCCAGCGCCCCCGUCGUGGCCCUGUUCGAUGCCCACGUGGAGUUCAACAUUGGAUGGGCCGAGCCCAUCCUGCUCAGGAUCAAGGAGGACAGAACGCGCAUCAUCUCACCGUCGUUUGACAACAUCAAGUAUGACACGUUUGAGAUCGAGGAGUAUCCACUGUCUGCUCAGGGCUUCGACUGGGAGCUGUGGUGUCGCUACCUGAAUCCGCCCAAAACCUGGUGGACCCAGCACAACACCACCGCCCCUAUCAGGAGCCCAGCUCUAAUUGGCUGUUUUGUGGUGGACAGGACGUACUUUGAGAAGAUUGGUCUAUUGGAUGAGGGAAUGGAGAUCUAUGGUGGAGAGAAUGUGGAGCUUGGCAUCAGGGUAUGGCAAUGUGGGGGCAGUGUGGAGGUUUUGCCCUGUUCUCGGAUAGCGCAUAUCGAGCGUGCUCACAAGCCCUACACUCAAGACCUGACUGCUCAUGUGCGGCGGAAUGCACUUAGGGUGGCCGAGGUGUGGAUGGACGAAUACAAGAACCAUGUUUACAUGGCCUGGAACGUUCCCCUACAGAACUCAGGGAUUGACAUAGGGGACCUCUCGGAGAGGAAGGCUUUGAGAAACAGACUGCUGUGUAAAUCUUUCAGCUGGUUCUUGGCCAACAUCUACUCUGAGAUGAGAACCUACAGUGACACAGUUGCCUAUGGAGUGUUGAAGAAUGCUCUGAGGAGCGACCUGUGUCUAGACCAGGGGCCUGACUCGGACAACAUCCCCAUCCUGUACGUCUGUCAUGGGAUGACGCCACAGAAUGUGUACUACACGAACACGCAGCAGCUACACCUGGGGGUCCUGAGCCCCACCAUCGACGACGACGACAACAAGUGCCUGGUGGAUGUGAACAGUCGGCCGCGGCUCCUGGAGUGCAGCUACGCCACAGCCAAGCGCAUGAAACUCGCCUGGCAGUUUACUCAGGGAGGUUCCAUAGAGAACAGGAAGUCCAAGCAUUGUCUGGAGCUUGUCGAGAGCAGUGAAAAGGAGUUUGGCUACCAGCUGGCCAUACAGAAGUGUUCUGGUCAGAAAUGGACAAUCACCAACCUACUGUCAACCUACACUCACCAAUGAGGGGAUCCUGAGUCCUGCAGGGGAAAGAGUUGCCCAUGGUGAACACUGGACCUGUGACUGACAGACAUAGAAGCUUUGCUUCUUAAAACUAUAUAUUUAUUGAGGAAGGCAAGAAUUUAAUUAUAAGUAUGCAAUCUCUUAGACUCAGACAUAAUUCGAUCAAUAUUAAACAAUUCCUGGAUUCAUAGUGUAUGUGGGAUUUAAGUGUCAGAUUGUCUUUUGUUAUGCUGAAUUUAGGCUGGCAAUGGCUCUAAUAUACAUCAUGUAAUUUCUGCUACUGUGUAGCAUGUGUUUGAAAAACCUUUCUUAUUCUGGUUUCUUUUGUGUCUCAGGUUUGUUUGUAGACAGAUUUUAUUAUAAGAUCUAGUGGUCGGGUUCGAGGAACUGUCGCGAAUAUACACACUUUUUUUAUAAGUGUAUAUGCUGGAUAUUUAUAAAAACCUUCAGUAAAAAUGCUGAUGAGAAAAAAAUAUAUUCUGUGGCUGAUUAUCCAUCCUGAGUAAUUCCUUAUGCUCUUGUGAAAGUCAAUCCAGAUGGUCCAUCUCAGUUUUGAUUUUGUGAAGACACCUUAAUAGUCUAUUUGAUACAAUAAUUAUUUUUCACAACGCAUAAAAAUGUAGGCUUUUGCAAAGAAUGCAAUCAUUAUUUUCCCCAUAUCCUGAGAAAUACAGGACUUGUUGACAGCAGCAGCUAGGUAAUAAUGGAGCCUGAGUGAAACGUCCAGUAAUAAUAUCCUCUGUAUGAUGAAACAAAUGUCCUUAUGUUAUCACUGUUAUUACCAAUAUGAGGACACUGAUUUCAUUUACUUAAUGUCCUGUAUAUUUCAAGUGGGAAAUGAAUGCUUUCAUGUUGGUUUUCAUAUGUUGCUAAUUAAAAGUACUUUGUAG